AGACUAUUCCACAAUACGACGAACGAUUCGACCUGGGUUACCCCAGUAUCUUCUAUAAGUUGUUCAUCCUUCUUGCAUGAGUGGAUUUCACUUCGCGAAUAAGAUUCCGCGCCUCGUCUAUAGGAACCUGCUAAGACGGAGCUCACUGCAGACCGCUCGCAAACGACCCCGGCAAGAGCUGAGGAAUAUCGUUCCACGGCAUCAGAUCCGCAUGAGACGAUAGGUAGGAAGAACGGGCUAUAUAAGAUGGGAUACUUUCGGAGGGAGUGCGUUCCUCGUAGGAAUCCUCCUCUCUUUCCUCUUGUCGGUCUAAGCAUCCCAUCGGUAAAACUUAGCUGCUCUCCCCAGUCAGUUACAUCAAUAUGAAGGUUAUUUUAUUCCCUCGGCUUAUAACCUUUGCUUCUUGCUUGGGCAUAGGCACUGUCACAGCUCAAGUCUUCGACCCGAACAAGGGCAGCUCGUCAGGAUGGGAUCCAGCUGUGGUCGGAACGAAUAAGACCACUAAUGCAACAUUCUCAAACCCAGUCAUGACGCUUAACGUUGGCGACCCCUUUAUGACCAAGUACACUGCCGACGGUGAGGAGUGGUAUCUGUUUACGUACACGACAAACUCCAAUAUCACGUUGAAGCGUUCAAGAUAUCUCACCGACAAUUGGGACAAUGCCGAGAGUCGCGUCGUCUUCAAUCCGGAUCCCACCAGCGGAGAACCGUGGUCGACGAGUCUUUGGGCUCCUGAGAUUCAUAACAUAUCCGGUUCUUGGUAUAUCAUCUUCACUGCGACAUCAGAUGGUGACAACCCACCUCCGCUCUUGGAUGCAAUGUGCCCGAUUAACUGUCCUGCGAUUAACCAUCGAAUGUUCGUUCUGGCAGGCGAUGGACCUCAUCCUUGGACAGCCAAAUUCGAGAUGAAACCCAUGUUGGAUACUUACGAUAUGUUCGCCAUUGACGGCACAUACUUCCACUUCGAGGAUAAGCUGUACCACAUCUACUCCUGCUGGGAGCAGAAGUACUCUUCGUGGCCAGCCAAUCUGUGCAUCACGCGCAUGUCCGACCCGUGGACGGUAAACUCGACGCUUUCCGAGCGCCGCAUAAUCAGCAUACCGAACGAGCCCUGGGAGCAAGUCCCGUACGGCCGUCCGAUCCGACUCGCGACGAACGAAGGGCCCCAGCAGCUCACGAACCCGAAGACGGGCCAGAACUUCGUCAUCUACUCGGCGGCGCGCGUCAACACGCCGUUCUACUGCCUGGGCAUGCUCGAGCUCGUCGGCAACGACCCGAUGGAGUACCAGUCGUGGAGGAAGCACACGGCCGGGUGCGUCUUCCACCAGAACACGGCGGCGGGGGUCUACGGCACGGGCCACGCAAGCUUCGUCUCGUCCCCCGACGGCUCCGAGGACUACAUCGUGUACCACGCGCAGACGACGGCGAACCCGGCCUCGGACUUGUAUCGCACGGCGCGCAUACAGAAGUUCACGUGGAACGAAGACGGCACGCCUAAGUUCCCGCUCGCGGAGAAUGGGCCUUUCCCCGUUCCCGCUGGGCAGCAAGCUCUUACGCAGUUAUAG